AUGUCUACCGUCAACACUGGCGACGCCGCCCCCUCCGCUGUCCCUGCAGGAAACCUUCACAUCGGGAAGCGAGCCAAGCUCCGCGCAGCCGCUGCCCUCCUCAAAGCACGCUCCAAGAUCGAGCCCAUACUCGCCAAAGCCGACCCCACCCAUCAGCCGGCCGCUCGUCGCCUGCGAGCCAGAGAGAAGGCUGCUGUUCUGCGUGCUCGGGCCCGUGGCAAGAAGCUCCUCGUCAAAGAGGACAAGGCGGAAGAGAAAGCUGAGCGUGCUCUCUCGGUUCAAGGCCCUUUUGAGAGCAUGAAGGCGAAGAGAGCGAAGAGGAAGGCUGAGAAAGCCUUGAAGAAGGCGAAGAAGGCCGUUGUUUGA